UCCAGGAAAGAAGUCGAAGCCUUCAUUACCCGUUGCAUGCGAAAGGUCGGCACCGACAAGACUCACGCAGAAGCGUUGGCCAACGUUCUUGUCACUGGCGACUACAGAGGACACUUCAGCCAUGGGCUUAAUCGACUACAGAGGUACGUUACCGACAUUCAAAAGGGCGCAUGCGAACGCUCUGGUGAGCCUGUGGUCAUCAAGGAGUUCGCAGCUACAGCGUUGGUCGACGGCAAAAACUUGCUGGGCCCUGUCGUUGGCACAUUCUGCAUGAAGCUGGCCAUGCUCAAGGCGAAACACGCCGGCAUCGGAUGGAUCGUCGCACGAGGUUCAAACCACUUUGGCAUUGCGGGUUACUACAGCAUGAUGGCAUCUUCCAAGGGCAUGAUUGGCAUUUCAUACAGCAACGGAUCUCCUCUAGUGGUGCCAUCUGGAGGAAAGAAGAGGUUUCUGGGAACAAAUCCGAUCAGCGUGGCGGCUCCUGGAACGGACGGGGACUCAUUCGUGCUCGACAUGGCGACAUCGGCUGUUGCGCGUGGAAAGAUUGAACUGCAACAACGGAAGGGGGAAAAGAUGCCAUUCGGAUGGGCAGUCAGCAGAAACGGCGAGGCUACCAAUGUUCCUGAAGAGGCUCUGAAUAACGGUGCUUUGUUGCCUCUGGGAGGACCAACUGAAACGAGUGGCUUUAAGGGGUACGGGCUUGCCAUGAUGGUUGACUUGUUUUGCGGCGUACUUGCUGGUUCAAGCUAUGGCAAUAAUGUUGGAUCUCCGCUCCAUGGCACGCAAGCUGCAAACAUGGGCCAGUGCUUUGUUGCAAUCAACCCAGCCACAUUUGCUCCUGGCUUUGUAGACCGAAUGCAGGACCUCAUGAAUAUGGCGCGGUCACAGGAACGGGAAAAGGCUAACAUUCCAGUCCAGGUGCCAGGCGAUCCGGAACGGCUGCACAUGGCAAAAUGCGAUGCACAAGGUGGCAUCGCCUACCAUGUAAAUCAAAUCCAGUUCGUGGACAAUCUCGCUAGGAAGCUUGACGUGGAGCCGCUAAAGAAGGAGCAUGAAGCAUCUGGCUGAACAAACUUCACUCUGGUGGUGUAAAAAAAGAAAUCCUAGCGAAGGUCCACUGCAAAAGUUUAAUUUGUGCAGUAAUUCAAGAGUGCAUGU